UGCAUCGAAGCAAAGUGCGAGGGUGUGAGGAUGCAGCAGUUUAACAGCACAAAAGACUUCUCCAACAAAGAGAGCAUGAAAGGUGCUGGAGAUGGCUUUGAGCAGGCCACCAAAAGGGACUGCAGCAGGGUUGAUGGAGGCAAUCAGGGUCUCACAACAACAAAGUCAGGGAGGGAGAAUUUCCGCUUCAGGGAAUCCAAUCGACCAACCUGCCGCCCAAUGAUGAGAUUUCGGCGUGGUCGACUCCUUGAGACCCUGACCAUCAACUACCGGAUGAAGCAGUGUCUGAUUGACAUGGGUCUUAUUGCGGGACAAGAUGGGAUGGUUGCCCCUGUCAUUCAACCAAGGCUCACAAGCUCAGUAAAAGUAAAGACAUCGCAAUCUCCUGCAGUCUCACCAGAGGACAUAAAAAAGGCCAUAAAAAUCAAACGUGAGAAAGACGUCAUCGACGAAACAUUAUCGAAAAUGAAAGAACUGAACCUCACUUCGAUGUCAGUUGUCGACUCCAAGAAACACAUCAAGGAGGAACUGAUCACACGCAUGAAUGAACACGGGAAGGAAGAAAAGUUCAUCAUUCGACACAACAAUAUGACCAUCCCGGAGAAACGUAUCAUUCACAUUGACGAUGAUAUCCAGAUCAUUGAGGACUUGGAUGACAGUGUGGUGUACAUUGGCGAUGAUGACUGUUACAUCGUCGAUGGCCCAACUGAGGUGAUUCCCUAUAUGGAACUGCACGAUGAGAGUAUUCUGGAAUAAGGACUGAUGUGUUAUCGAGAAGAAUUUUAAAGAAUUGUGGACAAGAAAACAUUCCUUUUGGUUUCUAUAUUGUAUAAUUUUCUUUGAAGUUUGUGUUGACAAAAAGAAGUUAUUUGACUGCCAAAUUUGAUUUCUGGCAUGAAUCAUUUGUGUAUUGAUUAUCGAAAUGAUGGAUCGUGAUAAUUCGUUCAACAUUUGUUUAAUUUUAUUGUUAUGUAGUUCAGGGAUCUCUUGCAGGUGAGUCCUGUUUUAAUGAAGAGGACGCGCAUCAAAAAUCAUUUACGACUCCCUUUCUGACUUCAAAUUUGAGAGUGAAUUACCA